CUCUCUUUUAUGUUAUCAUCACCUAUAUACGUGUGUCCUACUGUAUAGUGGGUACCUAGUCACCAUUUACCAACCACUCACUGUGUUACUAUCAGCCAAAAACAACCCAAAUAGAACAACACUGGGGAAGUUCUUAGCCUCUGCUUGCAAUCCUUAACUCUGUCCACAUCUCCCAAAAACCAAACAAUCCCACCUCAACCACAAAAAUCUCCUGUUUCUUUGUGUGAAAUCCACUCUUUCUCCUUCAAAUUCCCCCUUUAACCCAACCACUCUCUUGUGGCUCUCAAUCCUUAAUAGCCUAAAAAAAAAAAAAAAGAUUUCGGCACUUGGAUUGGUACUUAACACUCUACUGGAUUUGAUUCAGCUUCAUUUUAUUGCAUUGUUCAAGAUGGGUGAUGUAGCUAAGGAUUUAACAUCUGGAACUGUUGGAGGAGCAGCACAAUUGAUUGUUGGGCAUCCAUUUGAUACUAUUAAGGUUAAGCUUCAGAGUCAACCUGUUCCGCUUCCUGGUCAACCACCUAAAUAUGCUGGUGCUGUGGAUGCUGUUAAGCAGACUUUAGCUGCUGAAGGACCAAGGGGUUUGUAUAAAGGUAUGGGAGCUCCAUUGGCUACCGUGGCUGCUUUCAAUGCUCUCUUGUUUACAGUGAGAGGACAAAUGGAGUCAUUUUUGAGAUCAGAACCUGGUGUACCGCUCACUGUUAACCAACAAGUCAUUGCCGGUGCUGGCGCUGGUGUUGCUGUUUCAUUCUUAGCUUGUCCCACUGAGUUGAUCAAAUGCAGAUUACAAGCCCAGAGUGCAUUAGCGAUUGAUGCUGGCUCAGCUGGUGUAGCAGUGAAAUAUGGUGGACCAAUGGAUGUAGCCAAGCAUGUGCUUAGGUCCGAAGGUGGUGCAAGGGGUCUCUUCAAAGGCUUGGUUCCCACCUUAGCUCGUGAGGUUCCUGGCAAUGCUGCUAUGUUCGGUGUCUACGAAGCAUUGAAACAAUAUAUGGCCGGAGGGACCGACACUUCGAAAUUAGGACGAGGGUCAUUGAUUGUGGCAGGAGGCUUAGCCGGAGCUUCAUUUUGGUCAUCGGUUUACCCAACCGAUGUUGUUAAGAGUGUGCUCCAAGUAGAUGAUUAUAAAAAUCCUAAGUACAAGGGGUCUAUGCAUGCAUUUAGGUCUAUAUUAGCUUCAGAAGGGGUGAAAGGGCUUUAUAAAGGGUUUGGACCUGCCAUGGCAAGAAGUAUCCCUGCUAAUGCAGCUUGUUUCUUGGCAUAUGAAGUGACAAGGUCUAGUUUGGGCUAAUUUAAUCAGUAGUUGUUGUUUCUUUGAUUUGGUCACCAACAUUUUUUGCUUUUGUCAAAAGCCUUUUUCUUAUGUUAAUGAAUUUGAUGAUGCUUGAAAUGGAAAGGUGGUCAUAGGUUCUUUGUAAGUUAUUUGAGUUCGGCUCAAAAAAACUUUGAAUUCGAUUUGGUAAUUAUCAAGUAGAUUUUAAGAUUGAGCAA